AUGUCCAUCUGGGACUCGCUCAGCGGCCGCAAACAGACGAAGGGUGCAGAUAGCUUUGACGCCCCGGAUGCCAGCUCAUUCCUCUCCGAGGUUGCCAUCCCCGACCCUACUGCACUUCACCCCCUAGCUGGUCUGAACCAAGAUACUCUCGACUACAUCACACUCGAAGACUCCGCCCUCGACUCGCUCCCCGGCUCACAAUCUGUUCUACCGUCGCGAGGAUGGUCAGACGAUCUCUGCUAUGGAACCGGAACCACUUAUGUCGCGGCCCUGGCAGUCGGAGGAGCAUGGGGUCUUGCCGAAGGAUUAAAGCGAACACCAGUGACUGCGCCGCCCAAGAUCCGCCUUAACAGCGUACUUAACUCGGUCACAAGGCGAGGACCUUUCCUCGGAAACUCGGCCGGUGUGGUUGCUAUGGUAUACAACGGUCUGAACUCAUUCGUCGGUUAUGCUCGGGGGAAGCACGAUGCCGCCAACAGCAUUGCUGCCGGCGCUGUCAGCGGAAUGGUCUUCAAGAGCACCCGUGGACUCAAGCCUAUGUUGAUCUCUGGUGGUAUCGUGGCGGGUAUCGCAGGAACAUGGAGUGUGGCUAAGAAGGCUAUCUUCUAA